AUGUCUUCUCAAAGCAAAUCGCUCAAUGCGAUGACACUUCUCGUCCUCGCGACGGCGAUGUUGUUUUCGGUUGGUUUUUUAAAAGGAGUUGAAGGAAGAAAACUUCUCCAAGAAGAAGAAACGUUCCCAAGCGAAGAUAUUCUCGAAGAGCAAGAUCUGAUAGGAGAAGAGUACGCGAUGGCAAUGGCACCAGCGCCGGCACCAGCACCUACAAUGAUGACGAUGGAGGAAGAAUCGAUCGUUGUUGAAGGAGAAGGAGAGGUUCCAGCGAAGCGCCGUCGAUCGCUUUUGCAAGAACUCGGGAACGGUCCAGUUCCGAGUGGUGAGGAAAUUCUUGGAGAAAUCUAUGACAUCUACGACGAGAUGUUCGCGCCGGCGCCGGCGCCGGCGACGACGACGGAAGAAGGGGAGAUUUUACCACCGGUGAGGAGAAAGUUGCUCCAGAUGAUGGAGGGUAUGAUGCCGGAUAUGACUGGGAUGCCGGAUCCGUUACCUUCAACCGGCGACGGCGCCAUGGACGAAGGCGAGGCGCCUUCGCCGGCGCCGACUGCCACGACCGACGAAGAGAUUCUCGACGAAGAAGUUAUUCCGCCGGUAAGAAAGUUGCUUCAAGAAGAAGGUGACGUCAUAAUGGACGAAGUUAUCGCAGUUCCGCCGACAGAAGCACCUAUCGCCGAAGCACCCGCGCCGGCUCCAAUUGAAGACAUCGGGAUGAUCGUCGAAGAGACUCCCGGUCGAAAGCUCCUCCAAGAAGAACUCGAACCGCAACCAGUAAUAAACGGAGAAGAAGAACAAGAAGUACCGCCAACGACGGAAGAAGAAGAGGCUACCGCCGAAGCACCGUCCCCAAUCAUCGGUACUUUUGAAAUAACAACAAUCACCGGCACCAUCACUGCCGCGGAAGAUUAUGACCCAGACAUGACGGGGCCAAACUAA